GCUGUUGAUUAGGUAAUGCAGAGUUGUAGAGUAUAGCAUUAGAUGGAAGAUAGGACUGUAGGAAACACGCCCAUACAAAUUGUUCUUUCAUCUGGUACAUUGACAUACACACCACUUUUCACUCUGGUUGUCACUCGAUAUCGACCAGGAUGUCAGAGUCAACUACUUGCAAAUCCGAUAUGAUUGCAAACCUGCUCACUGCAACGAUAUCCCCUGCAUGGCUUUCCGCUCUCCUUGUCAUCCUCCUCCGCAUUGCCCUGCAGUUCAACCUCUCAUUUUGGAAGCCGAGUACCGCUGUUCGAGAUUUCAUCACCACCGUUAGUGAGGGGAUGGCCAUGUUUGACAGCCAUAAGGGUGUGCUUGGAGGAAUGGAAUUUGAGAGAAAGCUGUUGGAGUAUAAUUGCAUUGGCUCUGCACCCAGAAAACGUAUGCUGAUCAGCUGCUAUAGAUUCAAGCGCAGUUCGGAUACCUUAUGUUACAAGCUCCGUGUGGCAGACCGUGCAUUCUCCUGGUGGAACUACCGCACAUGGUUAAAUUAUAUCUCGACGAUAAAGAAGAUUUUUGAGGACGCUCGGAAAGGUCAGCGAGAAGCUGAGGCUUGCGAUAUUCCUAGGAUAUCAUAUUUUCCAAUGAGAGGGAGAUGUUACGCUUGGAAGUCGAGGUCAUGCGGGAUCCAGCCGACAUCGGUGCAGAGGCGUCUGAUAUUCUUCAUUCCUCCAGCUCGUACCCAGUUUCAUUGGCAUGACUGCUGCUUUAUCGUAUGCCUGCUGUAGAACCAUGCAUUUAAGUUCAUAUCUCGAUUUCUUCAGUUGUUUACAUUCCAUAUCGACGUUCAUCCACCUGCUGCGUGGUCCAACUCUUGAAAGAUCGUUGUUCGGG